AAAUCCCUCGGUAUUGCAUCACUCAAUAAAUAGCGUUUUUUAUAUUCUCUCUUCCGAUUACUGCAACUCGGAAGAAAUCGCAGGCGACGGAAAUGGAAUCCAAGAUGGGCAAAUUCUUCGGGUCGGUCUCCAAUUUCUUCUCUGGCGGCGAUCACAUUCCAUGGUGCGAUCGCGAUGUCAUUGCCGGUUGUGAAAGAGAGGUUGCUGAUGCUGAGAAGAGCUCAGCUGAUGAGCAGUUGAAGGAAAGCAUUAUGCGUUUAUCUUGGGCACUUGUUCAUUCCAGGCAACCUGAAGAUGUACAACGUGGGAUAGCAAUGCUUGAAGCUGCAUUAUCUAGUGAUGACAGCCCAUUGAAGAUGAGAGAGAAGCUUUAUCUUCUUUCUGUUGGGUAUUUCAGAAGUGGUGACUACUCUAGGAGCAGGGAACUUGUAGAACAAUGUUUAACGAUUGCCCCUGACUGGAGACAGGCAAUUACACUGAAGAAAUCGAUUGAAGACCGGAUCACUAAAGAUGGUGUGAUCGGCAUUGGCAUUGCAGCCACUGCUGUCGGGCUGAUCGCUGGUGGUAUCGCUGCUGCUGUUGCCCGGAAGAAGUGAGCCAAUUAGUUUGUUGCUUGAAGUCAUUUGUGUGUACAUAUGAGAAAUAUGACUGUCUGACCAUACCCUGAUUUAGAAUUACUAGUACACUAAAUACUUUGAGAUGUACAAGGCUAUUUUGCUCUCUCUAAUGCUUGUUUCUGUUAUACAGUAAAAACAUGAUGUUAUGCCCUUUGUCCUGCUCUGUUAGUUUAUUUGAUGAUACCCAUUUUUCGCGAUA